CUCUUCCCCGCCCUCCGCUGCCGCGUGGUGCUAGCCCUGUUCCCUUGCUCUGGCUUCUCGACUGCCCGCGCCUCCUCAGCGACUCCACGUCCCCCUUCCUGCCUCUCCCUUCCUGCCUUUCCUGGGGUGGCCGCUCCCUCCCUUCUCCCUCGCCGGGCUCUUUCAGUCCCGGCUUCGGUGGAUGGACAGGGAGCAGCGGCGCCCGCAGUCGCCUGGACUCUGGGGAGGGAGGAGCCUUGGUCCAGGGUUUGGGACCGUAGCCGGGAGGGAGAGUAAGACAAGCUUCGGGAUGGAAGCCGGCCCGCUGGCCCGCCUGGAUUCGGGGAAGGGAGGAGUUACGGCUCCUAAGCAUCGUAGAGGUCAAGCCCUGCGUUAGGAAGGAUGCCAGCUGAGGGGUGACCAGAAGCUAGAGACAGGCUUUAAGGCGUCCACCGAGAUGCAGGGGCAGGGACUCCUGGCUCUGGAAAGUGUUCGCAGCACCCAGAUCUGCUUGGGGUGGAAGGGCAUUUAGUAGGGGCUAGGAGGACCCAGGUGCGUCCUUCUGUUUGCUGACACUGGAGCUGGAAUACCGAGCCCCCACGGAAGAGCAGUUCCAGCACCCUGCAGCAGAGGGUGCUCAUCGGUAGGGAUGCCCUGCUCUCUGACCUGGAGACCACCGCUUCACACAUGCCAAGGUCAGGGGCUCCACAGGAGCACCCCCCAGAGCCACGCACACCUCCCCCGCCCUACGGACACCAGCUGCAGACAGGGUCUGAGGAAUCUUCAGGAGCCUCUGGGGAUAAGGACCAUCUAUACAGCUCCCACCCUGUUUCUCAGUACGGUAUGCAAGCCUCGGUCCCCAAAGCCUGCGGCCCCUGCGGCCCCUCCAUUCUCCUCUUCCAGUGGUGUCUUGGGCUCUGGGCUCUGUGAGCUAGAUCGUUUGCUUCAGGAACUUAAUGCUACUCAGUUCAACAUCACAGAUGAAAUAAUGUCUCAGUUCCCAUCUAGCAAGGUGACUGCUGAGGAACAGAAAGAGCAGCAAUCUGAAGAUAAGAAAAGACCUAGCCUUCCUCCCAGCCCCCUUCUUGACCUCCCAAAGCCUUCAGCCACCUCAGCCACUCUGGAGCUGGACAGACUGAUGGCCUCACUCUCAGACUUCCGUGUCCAGAACCCUCUUCCAAGCUCUGGGCCAGCCCAGACACCAGCAGUGAGCUCCGCAGAUGAGGGGUCCCCAUCCCUGCCAGGGCCGGCGAGCGAGGGCAGCCUGGACACCAUGCUGGGGCUGCUGCAGUCGGACCUCAGCCGCCGUGGUGUCCUCACCCAGGCCAAGGGCGUCUGUGGCUCUUGCAAUAAACCUAUUGCUGGCCAAGUGGUGACUGCUCUGGGCCGUGCCUGGCACCCCGAGCACUUUGUUUGUGGAGGCUGCUCCACAACCCUGGGAGGCAGCAGUUUCUUUGAGAAGGACGGAGCCCCCUUUUGCCCCGAGUGCUACUUCGAGCGCUUCUCUCCUCGCUGUGGCUUCUGCAACCAACCCAUCCGGCAUAAGAUGGUUACCGCCCUGGGCACCCACUGGCACCCGGAGCACUUCUGCUGCGUCAGCUGCGGGGAGCCCUUCGGAGAAGAAGGUUUCCAUGAGCGUGAGGGCCGGCCCUACUGUCGCCGAGACUUCCUGCAGCUGUUUGCCCCGCGCUGCCAGGGCUGCCAAGGGCCCAUUCUGGAUAACUACAUCUCGGCGCUGAGCGCGCUGUGGCACCCGGACUGCUUCGUCUGCAGGGAAUGCUUCGCGCCUUUCUCUGGAGGCAGCUUUUUCGAGCACGAAGGACGCCCGCUGUGCGAGAACCAUUUUCACGCCCGGCGCGGUUCAUUGUGCGCCACAUGUGGGCUCCCCGUGACCGGCCGCUGCGUGUCGGCCCUGGGCCGCCGCUUCCACCCGGAUCACUUCACCUGCACCUUCUGCCUGCGCCCGCUCACCAAGGGCUCCUUCCAGGAGCGCGCCGGCAAGCCCUACUGCCAGCCCUGCUUCCUUAAGCUCUUCGGCUGACCCCCGGGGUCUGAGCCCGAAAAGGCCCCUUCCCUCCGGAAAGGCCCGAUCCUCCAGACCCGGGGCUCGAGGCUGCCCCAAACCGUGGUUUGUGUGGCCCUAGCCACUGGGGAGACCCGGCCCUAAAGUCCUCCACGUUCGGAGGUCGAGUUCAGAAAAGACCCCGCCCGUCCGGCACCCACACGCCCCCAAAGGGUAUUAUAGUGCAGACCUCCCGAGUGAGCCCUUCACUUCUGUUCCCACCCGAGAGGACCCUUGCAAUGCCGGCAGAGCAGAGGCCCGGCAGGCCCCCACCGCACCCCUCACUAGUCUGUGCACUUUUUUCUACAUAAACACGCAUUCCACGGCU